GGGGGAAGGGGUGCCAGUAUUGACUUUGCAGUGCCUUGUGUGGUGCCACGCUGCUGCUCCUUCUUCUCUUCCUCCUUCACGAGUGUCUUAUUCCCUUUGACGUCUAUUCUUCCUCCUCCUCCUCCUUCUUCCUGUGGUGUUUAUUCCUUCUUUUCUUCUCUCCUUCCUUCACGAGUGUUUUCUUUGCUGUAGUUUCUAUUCCUCCUCUUUCUCCUGAGUUGUUUAUUCUUCCUCCUUCUUCUCCUCCUUCACGAGUGCUUCCUUUCCUGUGGUGUCUCUUCCUCCUCCUUUUCUUCCUCAGUUUCCUUAUUUAUUGUACUGCUGUUGGUUCUCUUAUUUUUUCCUCUCCUCUCUUCUUUCACGUGGUUUUUUUCCUCUCUCUUUUUUUUUCUUAAUUUUUUCUUCUAUUGCGUUUAUUCUUGUCUUUUUCCUUCUGUUGACUUAUUUCUUGUAUUACUGUUUGACUUUCUAUUUUUCUUCUUUUCCUCUCUCUUCUCUUCUUGCGUGUGAUUUUCUUCUCUGCGUCUUCUACUGGUGAUAUUUUCCUCUUCAUUAUUAUUGGUCCUCUUAGCUUUCCUCUUUCUUUAGUGUUUCUCCAUUUGUCUUUACCUUCCUGUCUUCUACAACUUCUUUCACAUACUUCCUUAUCAAACUUCAUUUUAAUUCCACCUUCUUUUCACUUCUUCCUUUUCGCUUUUUCAACCUACUUUUAUAAAAAUCUACCAACUUCCUAAUUCAACUUUUUUUCGUAUUUCUUCUUAUAAUUCUCUUCUUUCUGCUUCUCUUCUUUCACAUACAUCUUUAUUAUCGUACUUCACUUUACUUCCACCUAACUCCUUUCACCUCUUCUUGUUUUGCAUCUCUCUCCGUUUUUCUUCAUAUAAUUCUCUUUACAUUUUUCUUUCCUCGCUACUUUCAUCUUCCUUUUCCCUCGCAUACCACUACAAGUUACCCUCUCCCCCCACACCACCACCACCACUAACACCGAGGGACAAGAAUGAGCAGUGAGGGUCUUAAUCUGAGGGGCGUCUGGAGCUAACGUGACUGUCUGCCUGGCUACCGUGGCACUGGGAAGCGAGGUGAGGUGGCACUGUACACACGCAGCUAGCACCGUAUAGUAAGACCACCAUCCUGCAGCCCCGCCAUGGAGUAUAUACAAAUCGUGCAACGUCCACCCUUCUCCCAUCGCCCCUACGGCCUCCUGCGGUCACCCUACACUGAACACCCAACCUGCUCUGUCCUCUGCCACCACCCCACCGCGCCGCACACCCACCGCAGCCUCAUCCACCUCACCCGCGCCUCAUGGCUGGCGGAGGUGCGCGCGCACAUGAGCCGGGCAGGGGCGGCCCUAGCAGAGACUGACCUGGAGACUGGGGAUAGAAGAACGCCCUCCAGCCUCCCCUUCACCCCCCUGGGCACUGAAGGGCUGCAGGUCAACAUUCCCGAGGAGUUCCUAGCAAGGUUCGCCAGGUCAGACUCAAGACCAGACUCCCCCGCCCCGACCCUCCUCGUCCACUCCUCCCGCCUCGCGCCCUUCAGGAGAUGCGUCACCCCGGACACACUCGAGCCAGUAAGGAGGCCACGCCCGCCAUCCUUGCGCCGCGCCACCAGCCUACAGGACCUCGCCGCACGCCACGCCCACGCCCACCCGCCCGCGCCUCUACCUGGUCGCGGCGCGGGUAAAAGAAAACAGGGACGAUUCGAGGCAGACUUCACUACAAAGCUUACCAAACAGCUGGAUUUGGUGGCGAAGGGACAGCAACAGAAACAGCAGGAGCAGCAGGAGACAGCAAAGGGCCAGCGACAGCAGCAGCACGGAAAGAAGAGUGUCGGCAGAGGGGCCAGAGGGAAACUAAAAGCAGAGGACAGCGUGGACUCAGGCCUCGGGGGGGAGAAGCAACGACCAAAACGACGCUCACGACGACCCCCGAAGAAGAAGGCGGAGGAGGGAGGGCUGGACGACCCGGGGCAAACUGCGGUGGCGGCAGCAGGGGACAGCAGGGCAGCCUCUUCACGUCUCUCCGGCAGCAGUCACUCUUCUAAGCCUACAUCAGCCAGGUCGUCUAAAUCCUCUUCCUCCCACCGCAGGAUUCACGACCCUCUCUCCUACCACCCCAAGCAAUUCUUAGGCGACGGAAAACCAGCAGAAGAAGGAGCAGAACUGAAGAGGUUGCAGGAGACUCUUGGAGGAGGAGGAGGUGGAGGUGGAAGCACAUUGACAGAAGCGGAGGUGUUUUGGUUUACUCUCCCUCGCUCUCCCUCUCACCAAGCCGCCAUCUUUACUCUCCCAGUGCAAAUCUCCAGACUCGUAGGAAUGAGCUCCAUCGACUACCUCUCAAAGUACAUGAGGUUGAGAACUUCCAGACGACAACUUUACUCCAGAGUCUUCGUGAGGCAUAGAGACUUAGAGAGUAUAAGAGUGGAAAGGCUGCUGGUGGAGGACUUCAGAGCCGCCCUUGGAGACGCCCUUGGUGGUUCCCUGGAAGAGGAGCAGCUGCAGCGCCUCACGGAUCUCCUGCCACUGCCUGACGAAGCAAUGGAUAAAGACUUCUUCGUUCUUGUGGCCGCCUUUGCCGAGCGCUUCUUCUGUUAUGAGCUCCUGGCGGCCCCUGACGUGGAGGUGGAGCCACGGGAUUUAGUGGAGCAACUUGAUUUUCGCCAGCUGACAGAGAGGCUUGAGGGAGUCACACUGGACCAGCGCUUGCACCGCCUCCUGCUCACCAUCAGGGACCUGGGGUAGACCUCGCCCACGCCCCUGCUUCCAGAAGUCCUCAAGAGUCCUUCAAAGUCCUAAAUUCCUCAUGUCUUUUGUUUUCUACGAUUCCUGUUGCAAGAAUCCUUUGAAGUCCUAAGUUUUCAUGUUCUUAGUUCUCUAGGAUUCCUACAACAAGAGUCCUUUCGAGUCCUAAAGUCCUCAAUUUUUUUUAUACAUCCUUAGUUCUCUAGGAUUCCUGUUCCAAGAAUCCUUUGAAGUCCUAAAGUUCUAUGUUCUUAGUUUUCUAGGAUUUCUACAACAAGAGUCCUUUGAAGUCCUACUGUUCUUUGUCACGUCCCUAGAAAUCCUAUCUCUGAAGUCCUUACGUCGUUUCACUAUACUUCCUUUCACCUGUUCCUUUCUUCCUUCUUCAUUGUUCUAUUUUCUCUCCCUUCCUUCUUUCACCUUCCUUUGUGCCUCUCUCUCUCUCUCUCUCUCUCUCUCUCUCUCUCUCUCUC